GCCAUUCGUAUGUCUCGGCAUUGUGGGAUAGCAUCAGGAGGUCAGCGACGCUCCGGGUAAAUUCCGUUUUACCCAAACACUUUCUUUGGAUAUUAACGGAUUUUACGGAUUACAGCGAUGCGGGGAGAUGAAACUGAUUCGGAGUCGGUUAAAUCGGACGAUGGCCCGAUACGGAGGAAUCUCGAGGCGCUUUGUCAAGAGCUCAAUAUGGACGAGGAGACGGCAGCCGAAGCGCUCCAGAACUUCAGCUCCAUCUGGAACACGUACACGCUAGAGGGUGAUGUCGUGCACUGGCUGGCCUGUUCUCUGUAUGUUGCCUGUAGGAAGAGCUCUAUCCCUACAGUGGGACGGGGUGUGAUGGAGGGCAACUGCGUUUCCCUUACGAGGAUCCUGCGCUCAGCCAAGCUCAGUUUGAUCCAGUUCUUCAGCAAGAUGAAGAAAUGGUCGGACAUGUCGAACCUCUCUCAGGAUUUCCGUAGCCGUAUAGGUCGACUAGAGCGCAAUUUCGAAGUGUCGACAGUGAUUUUCCGAAAAUUUGAGCCAAUAUUUCUGGACAUGUUUCAGGAUCCUCAGGGCGAACCUCCUCGCCUGCCUAGAAGCCGCAAACACCGGCGUCUUCCAUGCCACAUCAGUGACGUCUUCAAGUUCUGUUGGACUCUCUUUGUGUAUACAAAAGGUAAUUUCCGCAUGAUUGGAGAUGACCUGGUAAACUCCUAUCACCUCCUGCUCUGCUGUCUGGACCUGGUGUUUUGCAACGCUCUCAUGUGCUCCAACAGGAAAGAUCUCAUCAAUCAACACUUCAGAGGACUGCCAAAGGACACUGAAAACUUGGAGGAGAUGCCCUGUGUCAUUGACAAGUUGUGUGAACUGCAUGAUGGUUUGGUGGUGGAGGCCAAAGGCAUAAAGGAGCACUACUUCAAACCCUACAUAAAGACACUGUUUGAGAAAAAGAUAUUAAAAGGUGAUGCUGACACUCUGACUGAAUUACUGGACACCCCACAUUUCCAAGACAACAAUAAAGCCAUAAAUCGUGAGUAUGAGGAAUAUGUUUUGACUGUGGGGGAUUUUGACGAGCGAGUGUUUUUGGGGGCCGAUGCAGAUGAGGAGAUCGGCACACCUCGCAAAUCCACCGCUGAUCCUCCUUCAGGUCAACUAUCCGCCCGCAUGCAGGUGGAGAACAACCUUCAGCAGCACUUUGAAAAGACACGAUCCCUUGCUCCCUCUACACCUCUAACGGGUCGACGGUAUUUGAAGGAGAAAGAGGUGCUGGUCACCCCCGUUUCCUCAGCCACUCAAAGUGUGAGCCGUCUGCAGAGCAUGGUGUCCGGCCUACGAAACGCACCAAGUGAUGCUCUGGUCCAAAUAUUUAAUUCUUGCUCUCGAAAUCCCACUGAAUCCAUUCUGAACCGAGUGAAGACCAUGGGAGAGAUAUUUAAACAGGCCUACACCAAACCCACAGAUGACCUGCCAGGAGCACAUAUGGAUUUUGCAGAGAAUCGUCUGAAGCUGGCAGAGAUCUUGUACUUCAAGAUCCUGGAGAAUAUCAUGACUCUGGAGAUGAAGAGAUUACAGGGCAAAGAUAUGGCGGUCCUGUUAGAGCAGGAGGUGCUCCAUUGCUCUCUGUUGGCGUGCUGUCUGGAGGUGGUGCUGUUUGCGUACAGCUCUCAAAGAACCUUCCCAUGGAUACUGGAAAUCUUACAGAUCCCACCUUUCUACUUUUACAAGGUGAUUGAGGUGUUCAUCCGCUCUGAGGAGGGGUUGUCCCGAGACAUGGUGAAGCAUUUGAACAGUAUCGAGGAGCAGGUGCUGGAAAGCAAAGCCUGGACUAGAGACUCGGCCCUGUGGAACGCGCUUAACAAAUCUAACAAUAAAAUCCCUACUGUGGAAGAGGUAAAUUUUUCCAAUAGUUUUGACACGGGCAACAAUGCAGGCGGUCCCACUCACCUGCCGUUGGUAGCGCUAUCCCCCAUCAUCCACCCUCGCAUCAGGGAGGUCCGCACAGGCCUGGGCUCCAGCGCACGCAAAGACAUCCCUCAAUCUCCCCUCUCUCUCCACGAUCGCUACAGCUCUCCAGCGGCUGGCAGCGCUAAGAGGCGCUUGUUUGGUGACGACGCUCCACCACAGUCCCCAGUGAAAAGAAUCUCAGUCACUCCCAUCAAAAUCAUCCCCAACUCCAUGGAAAACAACCAGAACACCACCACCACAACGACUGUCCUCUCCAUGGCAACCAUAAACGGCCAGCAGCUCACUAUUCCACUGCCGAUGAUGAAAAACGAGAUGGGCGGCAUCACAGUCAUCCAACUUCAGGCCAAUGAGAUGAACCCUCUCACGGGCCAUGUCUUACUGACCUCCUCCCCCAGCCGAACCGUAGCUCCACUCGCCAGCUCCGACACACAGCCUCUGGCAACCAGCAAACCCCGCCGCACUGGAUCCCUCGCGCUAUUCUUCAGGAAGGUGUAUCAUUUAGCCAGCGUGCGUCUGCGAGACCUGUGUCUGAAGCUGGAUAUCUCCUCAGAGCUGCGAGGGAAGAUCUGGACGUGUUUCGAGCAUUCUCUGCUGCACUGCACUGACCUGAUGAAGGACAGACACCUGGACCAGCUGCUGCUCUGUGCCAUCUACAUUAUAUCCAAGAUAACAAAAGAAGAGCACACUUUUCAGGACAUUAUGAAAUGCUACCGAACCCAACCUCAGGCCCACAGUCACGUGUACCGCAGUGUUUUACUGAAGAGGCGUCCCAGAGAGCAGCAGGCAGAUGAGAACAUGGAAGUGGAUCCACCAGCAGACCAGUCAGCCAAUGAGAGGAUGGAACAGGCUGACAGCGAAUCAGAGGAUAGAGGAGACCUCAUCCAGUUCUAUAACUCUGUUUAUGUGUUAAAGAUGAAAUCAUUCGCUCUCAAAUAUGCACAUUCCACGCUUGAUAACAAGAUGGAGGCUCCUCCAUUAUCUCCAUUCCCAUCGGUUCGGGCUCAGCCUCUCUCUCCUCGCCGUGUGUCUCAGAGACACUCCAUCUUUGUCUCUCCUCAUAAAAACGGCUCGAGUCUCACCCCCAGUGCCUACACGUACAAGUUCACUGGCAGCCCAUCAAAGGAGCUGAGUGACAUAAACCAGAUGAUCCGUCAGGGUGGGGUGAGCAAGAAGCGGGCGUUCACUAUGGAUGGCGACGAGACCGAGUCUCCAUCUAAAUGCCUCCGGCAGGAGAACGACGACGUGCUGCUCAAACGCCUGCAGGAUGUGGUCAGUGAGAGAGCGAGUCUCUGACCUGUGGGACGCCCAGUCUCAUUACAGACCCAAAAAAAGCCAAAAACUCUUCCUAUGUGCUGCUCAACGACUCCAGGAUGUAGAGAGAGAUGCGACAACAAUCAGUCUCUUAUCAGUUUAGAAUCGAGCGCAUUAAUUAUGUCACAGAACAACAA